AAAAAAAAAAAAAAAUAAACCUAAAAAAAUAAAAUAAAUAAUUUAAUUUUCUUAAUAUUUGUAUAUGCCAGUAUAUAACAAUUCAUCGACGAGUUUUUUAAGCGAUAAUAAUGAUAAAGGAAACGAGUUUAAACGGGAGACCAAAGAUACAGCACUGAGAUCUUUAUGGAGAACACGAAAUUCACUCUAUGUGGUGCUGUUAACAAUAUUUGAGGCAUUAGUGGUGAUUAUAUUGGAAGCAGUUUUAUUUGCUAAAUUUAAGCAAAAGAUGGAUUUACUGUCAGAUUCUAAGACUGGAGUUGGAUUAUUAAAGGGAAUUCCCGUGUAUCUUAUCAUCUUUAUUUUUUCCCUCAUCUUUCAAGUGGCCCUUGCAUGGGAUGCCGUGCACAAGAAGAAUACGAUUCAAGUCAUUGCAUUUAUACUAUUUAAUUUAUGUUGUUUCAGUUACGCGGUAUUCCAGUUCUCACAGAUUCAAAAAGCGAUUCAAGCAACUUUAGGUGAUGAUCCCUUUUUCUUUGAAUUACAAAAACUCAUGAUUGCCAAUCCAGUGGUGAUGGGGGUAUGUCAGUUGGCCUAUUUCUACUUGGGUGCACGAUUGUAUUUGGAGUUUGGGUGGCGAAUUUAUAAAAAGAUUGGGGCCGAUCCAGAUAUUCGUAGCAUGUAUCGUUGGUAUCAAAUCUUUUUGACCAUCAUCAAGCUGGAUAUUUUCUUCUUUUUAGGUUUUUCGAUUCAAUAUUUGGUACUGAUAUUACACCGUGGUGAUGUAGAAUAUCCAUUAACCAUUGUAGCCUUACCAUUGACCUGUAUCGUCUUGAUUUUGGCUGUGUAUGCCGUACGACAUGAAUCCAGACAGCUGAUGUUUCUGUUCUUUGUUGGCUUGGCUGCUGGUGUAGCCUAUUUUAUUUUCAAGAUCUGUCGCAUGUAUGAUUCAACACAGCAUGACAAGUUUUUAUAUGUGUCGAAUUUCCUGUCUUUUUUCGCAUGUGUAACCUUGGUUUUAUUGCUACUGACGAUUGUCAAUGCCUCUAUUUGCUGGUAUAAUUUCGAUAAAGGCUUAAAAGCCCAUUUAUUGCGAGAUUUAGAUGAACCAUCUGCCUCUUCUCAAGAAAAUGGUGGUCGUACAUUAUCACUCGAUUAAUUAACACUAUACCCCCCCCCCUCCACUCCCCUUCUUUCCCUCUUGUAUCUAGUAUUACAUG